UCAGUUUCUUUCAUUCUUUAUUUUAAUCACCCAAGUAUAUAUAUCUGUUGUCAUGAAACCUUUGUUCGAUUUGAUGAUGUUAUCACAGGGUCACAGGUUGUGAAUAAUGGGGCCAGGCUGUUCAGUGUUUAUGGCUGCACAAUCUGACAGAUCAUCAUGACGCAUCACUCAUAUUGGUCUAAAGUCCAAACACUGCAUAGUCAGUUAGACACACAGACACUGUUUUCACACUGCAAGACCCUGUGGAAUAGAUACAUCCCAUAUUGCAGAGAGGGAGAAGGUGAAAGAUGGAUAUCCUGGAGACGGACGCCUUUGAUAGGAGACAGCGCAGGAAUACGUCCUGCGUUCUGUUUUUUUUCCUCCUCCCUUUCUUCACUUCUGCAGCGUUGUAUUUCUACCUGUGGAUCCCCGAUUCGGCUCCAUCCAUUCUGGCUGCAGGUGUGAAGGCAGCCCCCGUGCUCUCAUUGGCUUUUGUGGUGCUGAGUUACAAUGGGUGGUGGAGCUUGCUGGGUGUGGCUGGGGGGCUGGUGAUGUCAGCAGGAGGUGACACCUGUCUCAUCUGGCCAAAGCUUUUCCUCCCAGGAAUGGUCUGCUUUGCCCUGGCCCACCUGCUUUAUGCGCUUACCUACCUUACAUCACGUUAUUCUUCUCACUCCUCGUCUUCCUGGGGCAUGUACUUUUUCUACCUACUGCUUUGGGGGGCAAGCGCUGGAAUUUACAUCUAUCUCCUGCCCUUCCUCCAGAAGUCACCAGAGCCUGAGGUUUUCGUCCCGGCUGUUGGGUGUUAUGCAUUUCUUAUCGUCCUGAUGGCGACUCUUGCUGCACGAACCCGGGCUUCACUGGUUCUGCUAGGUGGCCUAAUAUUCAUGGUGUCUGACUUUACCCUUGCGCUACAGCAUUUUAAAGUCAUUGAGCAUAUGGAUUAUGGCAGACAUAUUGUCAUGACGACAUAUUACCUGGCCCAGCUGCUUAUCGCCAUUGGUGACAUAAAGGCAAAGAUGGAAGAGCAGGCUGACGAGUUCCGCAAAUGGAAGAGGUCAUAGGGGCAAUGUGGAGACACGGAAGUGUGGAACUAAUGCAGACUUCUUAUGUAUAUGAAUCAUUACUUCUGUAGAAGUGUUGUAUUUAAAUAUAAAUGUAAUGUAUAGGAUAUAAGUCUGUAUUGUUUAAAGUUGUCCACAAGGUUUUGAACGACUUGCAAAUAGAAAUACUAUCUAUCGAUAUUGACCUUGCUUAUCAUUUGAGCGCAAACUUGGACAUGUUCUGUCAUGACAGAAAUAAGAAUUCUUCUUGGCCUAUACUAUGUUUCUUACGAUAUUAAAAACUCUAAAACAGUAAGAAACAUUUAAUAAACUUCUACACAUCUAA